AUGAGUGCUUUCUUUCAGAACGCCGGCAGCAACCCCUGCGAUCCUUUUGGAGAAUCCGAAAUUCAAUGCCACGUGAAUGAACACGCCCAGAUGGCUGUCAAUGUCAGUUCGGUGGAUGAAGUACACGCCAGCCUUGACUUUGCCCGUGAGCACAAUGUCCGAAUCAUAAUCAAAAAUACACAUGAGUACAUGGGGAAAUCGGCGCCGGCACGCGGGACAUUGUCAUUGUGGACUCACCAUCUUUCUUCGUCUGAAGUGAUCCCAAAUUAUCAAAGUCAGAACCACAACGGUAGUGCACUUCGCCUUGGUGCAGGUACUAUGGGAUCGGAUGCGGUGAGGGUUGCUCAUGAGAACGGGUUGCGCAUCGUGGCAGGGUUCUGCCCGAGUGUUGGCAUUGCUUGGGGUUACACCCAAGGCGGAGGACAGGGUCCAUUGAGUUCAUCCUAUGGGAUGGCGGCAGACCAGGUACUGGAAUGGGAGGUUGUGACAGCAGAUGGGCUACACAUAAUCGCUUCGCCGACUCAACACACCAAACUGUGCUGGGCUCUCAGCGGGGGCGGCCGGGGGUGUUUUUGCAUUUGUCAUAUCUGUCACCGUCCGGGCAUUUCCCGACGACGUACCCGUGGGAGGCGCCAGUAUGCCUGGCAAGAAGAACUCCCAGCUCUCUUGGACUGCGGGGCCACAGCCGGUUACGCCAUCUUAAAUGACCCUAUCACAAUAGAGGGAAUUCAGACUGCUGCCGAGAUGGAAACAUUGCUGGCCCCGCUGAAGUCACGGCUCGAUGAUCUGCACAUACGAUACACAUUGCAGGUCAGCUCUGAGGUCAACUUCUACAACCAUUACCGAAAAUACCAAGGACCCUUGCCUUGGGGUGCAUACCCCGUGGGUCAACUCUUCGGAGGACGGCUGAUACCGCGUGUGGAGCUUGACGAGCGACGGCACUCUCUACUGGCUACCGUUCGACGAAUCACCGAAGAGACGCGUGCCUUUCUUGGGUUUAUCGCUCUCAACAUUAACCAAACUCAAAAAGGAAUUACACCCGUGCAACCUGUAGCAGACAAUGCUGUUCUUCCCGCGUGGCGUUAUGCAGCUCUGACGGUCCUGGCACAAUCAGUGUGGAACUAUUCUGCCCCUCGCGCGGAUGGGCUUUCACGUGCCGAGGGGAUGACCCAGGUGGUUGGACCGGCGCUAAAGAGACACGCAGGGGUUGGGCCAGCAGUUGGGUCGUAUAUGAACGAAGCCGAUUUCCAAUUGGAGGACUGGCAAGUUGAGUUUUAUGGAGCCCAUUGGGAUAUUUUGAGGGGAGUGAAAUAUCGAUGGGACCCCGAAGGAUCGUUCUGGGCACCACUUGGCGUGGAUAGUGAAAAGUGGAAGUUGGAGAAGGAGGGCCGGCUGUGUAAAGUCGGUUAA